GCGGUGCUAGAGGCUGCGUUCGGCUGCGCUGCAGAGCCGCGAAGAGGAUCGCGCUCCCUGGCCGCUGCGUCCUCUGCCCUGGAGCCUUCUCGGCUCUCCUGCGUCUCGGGCAACUCCCAACCAGUCCCGGGGAUAGCGCUCCGCGGCCCUCCAGGCCACUCGCGGGCCCCGCGCGCUCUACCGCCUGUAACCCAGCCGGCCGCACUCGUCCCCGGAGCCGGGCCUAGGGCGCGCGGCGGCCGGGCUGGGCUCGGGGCGUCCCGAUGGCCGCGGCCGGCUGGCGCGACGGCUCCGGCCAGGAGAAGUACCGGCUCGUGGUGGUCGGCGGUGGCGGCGUGGGCAAGUCGGCGCUCACCAUCCAGUUCAUCCAGUCCUACUUUGUGACGGACUAUGAUCCAACCAUCGAAGACUCAUACACAAAACAGUGUGUGAUCGAUGAUCGAGCGGCCCGGCUGGACAUUUUGGAUACAGCCGGACAAGAGGAGUUUGGAGCCAUGAGAGAGCAGUACAUGAGGACAGGCGAGGGCUUCCUGUUGGUCUUCUCAGUUACAGAUAGAGGCAGUUUUGAAGAAAUCUAUAAGUUUCAAAGACAGAUUCUCAGAGUAAAGGAUCGUGAUGAGUUUCCCAUGAUUUUAAUUGGCAAUAAAGCAGACCUGGACCAUCAGAGACAGGUAACGCAGGAAGAAGGGCAGCAGUUAGCGCGGCAGCUCAAGGUCACGUAUAUGGAGGCGUCGGCAAAGAUCAGGAUGAAUGUAGAUCAAGCUUUCCACGAACUUGUCCGAGUUAUCAGGAAGUUUCAAGAACAAGAAUGUCCUCCUUCACCAGAACCAACCCGGAAAGAAAAAGACAAGAAAGGCUGCCAUUGUGUCAUUUUCUAAAGAGUCCCUUAAGGUUUAGCUAACAACUGCCAGGGAAGCCCUCAUCUCUGCUACCGUUUACAUCAUCCGGUACCUUUGUAGCCUUAGACCGAUGAUCACCGUGUUAGCCUUACACCAAGAAGCUGGCUAAUCCUUUAUGUGAAGCUAAUGUAACGGUCUUUCCCAGACUUGUGUACAGGAAACACUAAGGCUGCUUCAGACUCCUUUAGAACACACGUCUACACACACGAUGCAGUCUGUAAGGGCUUUUAGUAGAGGUGAACAGGUUUGGAGCCCGAGCUGUUUGCUAAGCUGAAGUCAUAGGUUGUGAAGUAAUUUUUAACUUCUGGAAUCAUGUUGCCUACUGUUACUCUAAAUAGAAAUAUAGGAAGGUUUUUUUUUUUUAAAUGUGAAUUUUUGCCUAUCUUUAAAACUUUGGAUGUCAACUUUCAUUAACCUUAAAUACACUGAAUGGAAUCUACAGAAGUGAGACAUCUCAGAACUUUCCUGAUGCUACGGCUUUUGUUUUUCCAGUGGCCAGAAUACCAAAAUGCCUGUUGUAUUUAUGGAUUAAAAACUGCUGAUUGAGCUAUUGUUAUUCUGCCUCCUUCAAGAUGACAGUAUUCUCUGUGGCCAAGUGUUUGGACUGGUUCUGCACUUAGAUGUUUCAGUGAACUUGAUUUCUUUUCACAGCCGUGGUAAGGGUAAGAGUGAAUGGUUCUUGUCUGUCUUCCUGUUCAAAUAUUCCUGGGUAAGGGAUUAAAAAAGAAAACCCACACAAGCUAAAGCUGUUUUCGUUUGAUGUAAUAUAAAAUAUGGAAUCGAUCUUCCCAAAGUCAGAGAUGAUUAAUGUUUUUGCUAUAUACUUUUAUACGUUAUUUUCUUAUCAAACUAGUUAACAAGUAUUUUUAUAUGUUUGUAAGCGAAUAUGCUUUCACAGCGCACCUUGUGUAUAUGUAAAGAUGAGUAUUUAAGUCUCACUGUUCACCGUUAGCUGACAAAGAGAACGUGGAAGCCACGGCGACCAUGGCUUUUGCUUGCUGGCUUGGUCCUUGUUCUAUCCACUGGUGGCCAGUAAUCAGAAACCCUUCCCAACAGAACGCAACAGGAUGAGACUGUGAAGUCACGUUCAAUGUCCCCGCUAGAUAUUGACUGUUAUAGCAAGUAUUACAUGUAAAACCUCUACUUGACAAUUAGUGUAACUGUGGAUGGCUUCUGGUUUUGUUUUUAACUCUGUGGAUUGUGUUUAAGCAAUUCAAAGUGUUUUCCUGGUCUUGAGACUCUCAGUGGUAUUGCACAGUGCUCACUUUACUGAAUGUGUACAACAGCCCCAUGACGUUUAUAAAGUGGACCCUUGUAUAGCUUCAGGUGCUAGAAUUAAAGUUGAUCUGUUAUCACCA